AUGCACUAUCCUACCUUGCAACUACUCGGUCUCGUUGGUAUCCAGGCUGUACUAAGCCACCCCUUGUCUGCAUCUAAGUACGCUACAAUCGAGAAACGGAAACCUGAUGGUUUUUGGCGAGAAGAUGGGUACGACUUCCUCGGCGAGCUAAAUUUAGAUGAACUCACAAUUGGUGAAAACGUGGGGGGCGGCAAAGACGGGAACGCAUUCAAGGCGACAGUGACUGGAGAGACCGCCCAGGGGUGGGAUCGGAGCGUCACGUGGAUAUUGAAGAAGGAUUAUUCCAAUAAGCAACACAUCUUGAAAGAGAAGGAAGCCUACGAGGCUAUCGACGGCAAGGAUGUAGGACCAAAGUUUGGAGCGCUUGUCUAUGAUCAGUGCACUGGUGAUGAAGAAGGGAUUCUGAUCGAGUUCAUCGAGUCCCGAUUCGCAGACCCUAACAACAAAGAUGAUGCGAAGAAAGCAUUGGAGACUGUUAAAAGGAUGCACGAUGCGGGCUGGAUCCACGGCGAUCUAACCUCUGUCCGCAACAUUGUGGUCAGGACAUCGGACGACAAAGCCAUUCUUCUCGAUUUCGCUCUAGCGAGGAAGAUUAAGAGCGCCCAAGACAGCCGAGAGGACUUCCAGGAUCUCGCAUUGGCUUUUGCGGGAGUGAGGUUCGACGAUGACGGGACGACAUGGAAAGUCAGGGAGUAG